AGCAAGACAACCUUAUCUUCUAUUCUUCUUUUACAGAACAGAGAAGGUACAUUGUACACACCAAACAUUACAGGGGUGAAAUGCGCGAGGCCAGCAAUGGAAUGUUUUAUGCGUGAAAUUGACAUUCUAGAAGAAGAAAAUGAAAACAGAAACAUUACAAAUACAAUACAAAAUAUCAAGAGAAAUCUUCGCGCUGGUUGGAAACAAGUUGCAGGAGAUGCAAAAGAAGAUGAAGUAUGUCCGCUGUGUGAAUCAUAUGAAGAACAAAACUAUGUUGAUUUUUUAAAUCGGUUGGUUGCACUGGUGCAGUUUGUUUUGCGCACUGGAUUUGAAAAACACUAGAUACUUCUUUCUAGCAUCAUUUGUCUAAUUAUUUAAAAUAUAUAUUUUAUUUUGUUUAUUUAACUUUAAUUUGAUGUUAUUGCUUUGAGUACUUCUUAAUUCAAUAAUAUGGAACAUAUGCAUUUACAGAUGUUAUUAUUUAGAUAUAAACCCCUUUUAAACAGAUUUAAACAGUCUAAAUUAUAGACUCACACUUAUGUCUCCAGUUAGCUGGAGAGGUUGCGGGUGACAUCUUGGGUGAGAUUAUGUGUUUUAAAAUGCAUUUAAAUUGUAUUUAUUACAUUUUAAUUGUAUUUUAACUAAAUGUGCAAUGUUAUUUAAUUUUUUUGUAUUUGCUUUGUUUAAAAUUGAUACAAGUGUGUGAUUGUUAGCCGCCUUGAGUCCCCUCAGAAAGAAAGGCGGGAUACAAAGUAAAUAAAACAAAUAAAUAACAUGGAAAAGAAACUGUUUAUUUUAAU